AUGAUUGGAUAUGGUACCCAAGAAUUGACAUCAAUUGAGUACAGUGCAGCGGGUUUGAUUACGGGAAUUGCGACGAGAUUUCUUAUACAACCUCUUGAUGUUUUAAAAAUUCGAUUUCAAGUUCAACGAGAACCGACGUUCGGCAAAACCAAAGGACAGUAUCAUGGCAUUUUUCAAGCUUGUUCACGAAUUUAUGAGGAUGAAGGAUUGGUGGCAUUCUGGAAAGGUCAUGUUCCUGCUCAAGGGUUGUCCGCCAUUUAUGGAAUUGUGCAAUUCGCUAUUUUUGAAUUCCUUACUGAACAGGCAGUUAGAUGCCCACUUGCAAAUGAAAAUCGACGAGUAACGGACAUUAUUUGCGGAGCGUUAGCUGGAUGUGGAGGAACGGCUUUCUCAUUGCCGUUCGAUGUUAUCAGGACAAGAUUAAUCAUUCAAGCUCAGCAUAAAGUUUAUAAUGGGACGUUGCAUGCCAUAACUUUUAUUUGGAAAUCGGAAGGUUUUCGUGGUUUUUUCCGGGGAUUCACUCCGUCUUUAAUUCAGAUUGCUCCUUUUAUUGGUUUGCAGUUUUCCCUAUACAACGUUCUCAGCGUUUCGUGGGAAAGACUUCCAGAUUAUUUAGAAUCUUUUGGACCGUUAUGUUGUGGCGCCUUGGCUGGUGUAAUAUCAAAAACAGUGGUCUAUCCCUUAGACGUUUUUCGACAUCGUUUACAAGCGCAUGGCUUCGGUUGUUUCAAGCAGUUACCAUGGCAUUCGAUGCGUUCCACCACUGCUGCAAUUUUGAGAGAUGAAAAAGUCACAGGACUGUUUAAAGGACUAUGGCCGUCACAGCUCAAAGCUGCUUGCAGUUCCGGUUUAGCCUUUAUGUUUUACGAAAUUUGUCUGAAAGUAAUGCGUGAUCUUAAGUCGCCUUAAUUCAUGUGAUGGCACUUUCUGCAUUGUUUGCUUAACUAUGGUUGCAUUCGAAACUUAUUGCAUGUUAGGUGCUUUUGACAUGAUAUGGAUUAUAUA